AUGGGCACGCCUCCUGAGGUCCCAGAUGAUAUCUUGGGUAACUUCAAGGACUGGAAGCUUGGCAACAGGAUCGAAUAUCCUGACGAUUACGACGACGAUGAGAUCUCUACAAAAUGGUCGGAUCUUACGUGCCUGUCACCUCCGAUGACGCCAUCACAGUCGGCGAGCUACCUGGCGGGUCUGGUAGAGUCAGAUCCUCCAACUUCGCCACCGAUGAGUCCUAGAAGUCCAGGUCUCAGCUUGCCGAAGCAGCGUCGCCGCCCGGAUCGCGUGGGCGAUCGGCUGAUGCGGCAGCGGAUGGAGUGCCCACGGCUGCGGGACCAGCUGAAACCUUUGGUGCAUCAGUUGCCACCCGAUCCUCCAGAGUUGAGCAGGGCCGCGCGGAAGGCGCGGGCCGAACGGCUGGCGCAGGAGGCAGAGAAGGCCAGGCAGGAGGCGGAAGAAGAGGGCAGAGAAGCGCGACGUGGCUUUGCCAAAGCCCGAUUCCGGGCAGCAGGUUUUGCCAUCUUGCGGAAGCUUCGCCUUGGAGAUGAGGAUUUCUUUACGUCCCUGGGCUGCAAUGGCCCAGUUGCCAUGGAACGCCAUGGACCCUUCCGGAUCUUCCGGUCUCACAGCCUGCGCCGCAGCACCAGCGCGCCGGGCCGCUCCCCUUCGCCGUCGCCCGAGCGCCCGGAACGGUCGGAUGGCCUGGGCCGCUCCAGCCCGGGACGACGGCGGAAGGACACCGAGGCGAAAUCGACCGUGCCCCAGGAGACCCAGAUCCGUGGCUGUGCCACUGCUGAUGGCAAGUUGGAUUCCGGCGACUCUGGGAUCGAGAACUCAGAACCAGGGGCCCUGCGCAAGACGUUGUCCUGCUCGGCCAAAGGCAUCCUGACCAAAGGCUCGAGUGCCCCAGGCACCGGGCUCCGGGAUGUUUCCCCCACACCAGGACCCAUGCCCAGUCUCCAUGCAGCCUUGGGCCAUGCUGCUUCCAGAACGUUGCUACGGGAGAGCUCGGGGCCCUUGCCCUACGCCUGCAUGUCGGUGCCAACAGCGCCAGUCACUGUACCGUUGGCCACGCUCUCCCCACCGGUGCCAUACCGCGGACGACCUGCUUCACCACCUGUGCCGGCCAUGAACGCUGCUAGGAGGGUCUUUUACCCAAGGGUGCAGCCACCUGCAAACUGGGUCCAUCAAGUGAAGGCCCUGAAGUUUGCACAACACCCGCAUCCUCCCCCACCGCAACAGGCGGUGUGUUCCAGACGUACUGUGGUGUGGCAGCCAGGGCCGGGGGGACCCACGCUGCUGCAAUCGAAGCCGGUGGCCAUGCCGGCCUUGCGCGUCUUGCACUGUAAAGUGCUGCCGCCGAAGAAUGGCACCGUCGAUGGGAGUGCGUCAGUCCCCACGGAACUGGAACAAGAGAAGGAGCCGGAGCCGGAGAAGGAUCCGGCAGAAGUGCAGGCAGAGGAAGAGAUGGCUAAAGAACUGGCGAGACUCGAAAGGGAAGAAAAAGCUCGAUGUGAAGUCUGUGAGGCGGUCGUCGAAGCCACCCAGCUGGACGUGUCCGUUGCGGACGUCGUGGCGCUUCGUCUCUGCCGCACCAAGCUGCUGGACGCGCUGAGCGCGGCGCAGCAGGCGGAGCUGCCGCGGGUGGAGCGACAGCUGGCGGAGCAGCAAAGGAGGCGGCUACACAAUGCCUUGCAGGACAUGAAAGGUCAACUUCGAGUGUCUUGCCGCAUUCGGCCUUUGAGUGCCAAGGAGAAAGCACAGCAGAGUGACCAUGCGGUUUAUGCUAUUGACAGCUCGCAUGUGGGCAUCGUGCUGCCGGAGCUGCCACCACGUGUCUUCGAAUUCGACAGCGUUUUUCGCCCAGAUUGUCCUCAGCAAGUGAUGGAGGAGAUUUUUGAUGAUUGCCGAGACCUUGUGCAGUCUGCAGUGGAUGGACACAACGUCACCGUGAUGACCUAUGGGCAGACAGGGGCUGGAAAGACCUACACGCUCUUUGGGAACAAGAGUCAGGAAGGAUUGGCGCAGUAUAUGAUCCGGGAGGUCUUUGCACGCUUGGGUGACCAAGAAAGCGAGCUCAGUGAACAUCCCAAGGUCACGGUCUGCGGAUCAGCGCUAGAGCUCUACAACAAUCACUUCAUCGACCUUCUGCGUCCCAUCGACCGCACCGGGCGGCAGAGCCCUGGUGUGAAGGUCUGCGUGGACUCGGAGGGCUGCGUGCAGGUGGACGGCCUCGCCCAGCUGGUUGCGGCGGAGCCGCAGGAGCUGCUGCAGAUCUUGCGCCGGGGCCUGGCGCAGCGAGUAGUGGCAGAGCAUGCCAUGAACGCAGACAGUUCGCGCUCCCACAUGGUCUUCACCGUGCGACUGACGGUGGAAGGUGGUGCGGCGCGAAAGCUCACCUUCUGUGACCUAGGUGGCUGUGAAAGGCUGAAGCGAACGCAAGUGGUGGGAGAUUUGCAGAAGGAAGCCAUUGAAAUCAACAAGUCGCUCAGUGCAUUGAGCAGUGUGAUUGAGGCCGUUGCAGGUCGACGGCGGCAUGUGCCCUACCGCGAUCACAAACUCACCAGUUUGCUGCGCGAUGCCGUGGGUGGAACCGCCAAAGUACUCAUGUAUGUUUGUUGUUCACCCGCAGCCAGCAAUUUGGAAGAGACUGCCGCUGCUUUGAAGCUAGCCUCGCGAGCAGCCAAGGUGGUGAACCAACGCUCUGAGGCCAACGAGCCGGCGCCCGAGGAGUUUGCAGCAUUUGCAGGGCAAAAAGGCCACUGCACAACUUUUGGCAAUGCUAAUUGCGAAAUGCUAAAGGCAUGCCGUGAAGCUGACAAAAGUCAGAUGCCGGAAGACUUUGAUCCCUUCUACCAUCAUCUUCGGCAUGUGAGGCGUGAAGAGCUUUCUCCACGGCGAGCAGCCAAGAGGGACGAACUCACCAACAGAGGUAACUUCAGUCCUGGCUUCAUUGCCGACUUGGCUGUGAAGCCUCGGGUGGACUCCCAGCCGUUGUUGGCCUGCAUGGAGCAGGGCGAUUUCAUGUCGAUUGUGGAGCAGAAAGUGGAUGCUGACUCUGAGCACCAAAUCCUUUCAAGGCGCUUGCGGGUGCUUCGUGCGAAGGAAGCACGGGGAGAUCCUGCCCCUGCAGAGGAGGCAGGACCUUCCAAAGGGGCCAAGCGGAGCAAGUUCAAAGCAGGAGCCGCCGCGCCUGUGAAGUUCGCUUCCAGCACAGGGAAGGGUAGCAAGAUGCAGCGGAUGAUGGAGCUGUUGGAUCCAGGAAGACGUGCGGGGUAUGUGCUGGCAGAUGCCCUGGUGCCGCUCAUGUUCUGGUUGGGCCUCACGAAAAGUCGCAUGGCUGCCCUGGAGACCCUGAGGAUGGGCUUUGGCUCCUUGCAGAUCGACACUGGCGCGCUGCUGGUGAUGGGCGAACAUGUGGAGGUUCAGAUGCGGCUGGUGGAAGGGUUGCGCCAUCUGAUUCGCCGAGAUUCCUUGGAGCAACUCUGCGAGUAUGUCACAGGGAACAGCUUCCAACGCCUGCGAGCCUGGUUCAACUCUAUGCGUUCGGAUCAAUUCGGCUGCGUGGACAUCACACAGGUCCAGAGCCUCUUCGCCCGGAUGGAGGUGACCACAGAUCGGCAGACGCUCUUCCGGCUAUUGAGUUAUAUCAUUGAGAAUCCGCACCCCACAGCGGCAAAGGAUCCGCGUGAAGCCAUGGCCAUUGAGAAGAAGAAGUUCAGCCUCCAUGGGUUUGGCUCGUUGAUUUGUCGUUGUGCCGCCUCCUGGGUUCUACACCGGGUGAUGUCAAUGUUGGAGAUGCCCGACAACGCUCGCAGUAAGGAGGAAGGUUUCACGGAGCAGGAUAUCGCCAUGAGGUGGAUUCAGCUCCAAAGAAAAAUCAUGAUCUCUCUGAUGGUGAACCAACGCUUCUGGGGCCGCGAAUGUCGACAAGUCCUGGGCCACUUGCAGCCGCCGCAGAUGUCCUUGGAGGAGCUGGAAAAAUUGUCCCCAGAGCUGUGGAACCUCCUCUUCCAGCGCGUGCGCGCGCAGGGCUUGGCGUCAGUGCUUCCACACACUCCGGAGGAGGAACUUUUUCCUUCCUGA